AAAAAAAAUGCGACGUGCGUCAUUGGCGUGCAAUAAAGACGCAAAGGCGCAAAAUUGUUAGCCAACCUCCUAUUUUAAAAAAAAAUAAUAAAAAAACACACCCAAGCAAGCAAGGAAGCAAGCGGGGACCGGUCGGCACUUGGAAUAAACAUCGUCGCCGUGUUACUGCCCUCUGUCCAUCUUUAUUAUUAGCGCUUCGCUCCGCCCUCCUACCUGUAAAUCUCCCCGCUCUCCUCUGGAGCGGAUCUGACAGGCGCUCUCAGCUGGCCGCUCCGUGCCAGGGCUGCAGGGGAGCGAAUGGAGACAGCGACAUCCACCCGAGCGCCACAGCUUUCACUUUACGCAGAACCGACAACGCCAAACGCCCGCAAGAAUAUGUAGUCAGCGGUGCCGCAGCGACAGCUCGACAAGUGUAGAAUUCAACCAUACCCUUGUUGUUGGGGCUUUUCCCCCCUUUUCUCUCGCGUUGUUGCAAAUAGUCGAUUGGAAGAAAUCGAUUCUCCGCCUGCUAAUCGACAGGAUCCCUGAAUGGAAGACGGCUAGAGAGAGGGGUCGCCUCGCUGAAGACAGGCUGCAACAAUCCUUCCUCUCGCUUUUUUCUUUUUCUUGUGGUUUUUUUCUCUCUCUUUUUUUUUGGCUUUUAUUCCAGUGUCGUUGUGUUUACAUUCACCGAAAUCUCGCUGGCAGCCUUCGACGGCUGCACACGACGCCGUCUCUACCAUGGCAUAUGGCGAGAAAGAGCCAGAGAACCCCCUCAGAACGAGAAGCGCCUGAAGAUUCGUCAUUGUUGCGGAUUUAAAUGCCUCUCUCCAAGGGCCACCGACCCGCUAUUUCGGUCAGGUUCGCGUGUGCGCUGCUUCACGCUGUCAAACAAUUCAUAGGCUUCUGAAAAAAAAAAAAAAAAACACAACAAACCCUGAACAUUAAUCUACAACACAAACAAAAAGAAAAGAAGGGGGAUUAUUAUUAUUAUUAUUAUUAUUAUUAUUAUUAUUUUAUUUUUCUGUGUGUGUUUUUUCCCAAGCAAUAUGGCUGGUGAGUGGGGCUGGGGACGCUGGCACAGGCUCUCCAAGGCUCCUAAAUGCUAGCUGAGGCAGAUGGCACGGUUCCCCAUGGAAGCGACAGCUCUAUGAGGACAAGCAAUAUCAAUAAUAAUAUAAAUCCGGACUCUUCAAUCGUAAUAUCCAAGAUGGAAGACGUUGUCAUCCCGUUCUCGUCCGACGUGCCAUGCGACAAUAAUGGACAGCGCAUGUGGUGGGCAUUCCUCGCCUCCUCCAUGGUGACGUUUUUUGGGGGUCUCUUCAUCAUCCUGCUAUGGAGAACCCUCAAAUAUAUGUGGACUGUUUGCUGCCACUGCAACAUUAAAAACAAGGAGGCUCAGAAGGUGAACAACCCAGCUAACAAUCAGCCAGCAGACAGGGCAUUAAAGGGUCCUGAUGAGAAGGAGGAGGCACCAGCCAGCGAAGUGGGAUGGAUGACUUCAGUCAAAGACUGGGCCGGUGUCAUGAUCUCCGCUCAGACGCUCACCGGCAGAGUUCUGGUGGUGUUAGUCUUUGCUCUCAGCAUUGGGGCCCUUGGAAUAUACUUUAUAGACUCUUCAGAUCCUAUAGAAUCCUGCCAGAACUUCUACAAAGAUUUCACGUUACAGAUCGAUAUGGCCUUCAACGUCUUCUUCCUUCUUUACUUUGGCCUGCGGUUUAUAGCAGCCAAUGACAAGCUGUGGUUCUGGCUGGAGGUCAACUCCGUGGUCGACUUCUUCACUGUUCCUCCUGUGUUUGUGUCUGUCUACUUAAACAGAAGCUGGCUUGGUUUAAGAUUCCUGAGAGCACUAAGAUUGAUACAGUUCUCAGAAAUUUUACAAUUCUUGAAUAUAUUGAAAACAAGCAAUUCCAUCAAGCUGGUGAACCUGUGUUCCAUCUUCAUAAGCACAUGGCUCACAGCUGCUGGAUUCAUACAUUUGGUGGAAAACUCAGGGGAUCCUUGGGAAAACUUCCAAAAUUCCCAGUCGUUAUCCUAUUGGGAAUGUGUCUACUUGCUGAUGGUGACUAUGUCUACAGUGGGCUACGGGGAUGUCUAUGCAAAAACCACCUUGGGGCGCCUGUUUAUGGUCUUCUUCAUCCUUGGUGGUUUGGCCAUGUUUGCUCGCUACGUGCCAGAAAUUGCUGCUCUCAUCCUUAAUCGGAAGAAAUACGGAGGGAGUUAUAACUCGACACGAGGCAGAAAGCAUAUUGUGGUCUGUGGUCAUAUUACCCUCGAAAGUGUCUCCAACUUCCUCAAAGACUUCCUACACAAGGACAGGGAUGAUGUCAAUGUAGAAAUUGUUUUUCUCCAUAAUAUUUCCCCUAAUCUUGAGCUGGAAGCCUUGUUCAAACGUCACUUUACCCAAGUAGAGUUCUACCAGGGAUCUGUUCUCAACCCUCACGAUCUGGCCCGAGUGAAGAUCGAGUCAGCAGAUGCCUGCUUAAUCCUUGCCAACAAAUACUGUGCAGAUCCUGAUGCGGAAGACGCCUCCAACAUCAUGAGGGUCAUUUCUAUCAAGAACUACCAUCCCAAGAUCCGAAUAAUCACACAGAUGCUACAAUAUCACAAUAAGGCCCAUCUGCUGAACAUUCCAAGCUGGAACUGGAAGGAAGGUGACGAUGCUAUCUGUCUGGCGGAGCUGAAGGCAGGCUUCAUUGCCCAGAGUUGUCUGGCCCAGGGCCUGUCGACCAUGCUAGCCAACCUCUUCUCCAUGAGGUCCUUCAUUGAGAUUGAGGAGGACACAUGGCAGAAGUAUUACCUUGAAGGAGUGGCUAAUGAGAUGUACACAGAGUAUUUGUCCAGUGCCUUUGUAGGCCUCUCCUUCCCCACUGUCUGCGAGCUGUGUUACGUGAAGCUGAAGCUGUUGCUUAUUGCCAUUGAGUACAAGUCUGAGCAGAGAGAGAGCAGAAGCCGAAAGCGCAUCCUCAUCAACCCGGGCAACCAUGUCAAGAUGCAGGAGGGAACACUGGGAUUCUUUAUCGCUAGUGAUGCCAAAGAAGUAAAGAGAGCAUUUUUCUACUGCAAAGCUUGUCAUGAUGACAUCACAGACCCCAAACGGAUCAAGAAGUGUGGCUGCAAACGACUAAUGGAUGAAGUUAGACCAUCUAUUCAAAACCGAUCAGUUAAAACCACCGGCUGCAACUCAACCUCCAUCACCUCAAAUGCAUUCCUUCCCAACGCCCUGCACCCCAACCAGGACCUCCUGGUCAAUCCGGGCACACACAUCCCUCUUGUUAAUAACCGUAAAGGAAGCCUGCUCCCCAUGGGGCCGGGGCCCAGGGCUGACCCCUCGCAAUUGCGCCUCAGUAUCUCAGGUCCAGGAGAUGUGGCGGCCAGAUCCCUGGCUGAGAGUCGACUGAACCGGGCCAGCAGUCUGCCGGUGAAAUACCGCUACCACCCCAGUAAUGCCAUGCUGCUCAGUCACAGUAGGCACUUUGAAGACGAGCAUCCAUCAACUCUCUCGCCCAAAAAAAAGCAGCGCAAUGGAGGGAUGCGAAACUCACCCAACUGCUCGCCCAAAAUGAUGAGUCGGCACGACCCUCUUCUAAUUCCUGGAAAUGAACAAAUUGAAAACAUGGACAUGAACGUGAAGAGGUAUGACUCGACAGGGAUGUUUCACUGGUGCCCUUCAAAAGACAUCGAAAAAGUCAUCCUGACCCGGAGUGAAGCCUCCAUGACAGUACUGAGCGGCCAUGUAGUGGUCUGUAUAUUUGGGGAUGUCACGUCCGCUUUAGUGGGGCUGCGAAACUUGGUGAUGCCUUUAAGAGCCAGCAACUUCCAUUACCACGAGCUAAAGCCUAUAGUUUUUGUGGGCUCGCUGGAUUACCUGCGGAGAGAGUGGGAAACUUUACACAACUUCCCCAAGGUCUCCAUCUUACCCGGUACACCAUUAAGUCGGGCAGAUUUAAGGGCUGUCAACAUCAACCUCUGCGACAUGUGCGUAAUACUGUCAGCCAAUCAGAACAAUAUCGAAGAUGCCUCACUGCAGGAUAAGGAAUGCAUCUUGGCAUCACUCAACAUCAAAUCUAUGCAGUUUGAUGACAGCAUUGGAGUCUUACAGGCUAAUUCCCAAGGUUUCACGCCUCCUGGAAUGGACAGGUCAUCUCCAGACAGCAGUCCAGUACAUGGCUUUGUGCGUCAGGCUUCCGUCACCACCGGAUCCAACAUCCCCAUCAUCACCGAACUAGCUAAACCUGGCAAACUACUGCCAUUAGUUCCACUCAGUCAGGAAAAAAAAAGUGGAACCAACAUACAAAUGAUAACAGAGCUGGUGAACGACUCAAACGUUCAGUUCCUGGACCAAGAUGAUGAUGACGACCCAGACACAGAGCUGUACCUCACUCAGCCCUUCGCCUGCGGCACGGCCUUCGCUGUCAGUGUACUCGACUCCCUGAUGAGUGCGACAUACUUCAAUGACAAUAUCCUUACGCUGAUUCGGACGCUGGUCACGGGAGGAGCCACACCAGAGCUGGAGGCGCUGUUGGCUGAGGAGAACGCUCUCAGAGGAGGCUACAGCACACCGCAGACGCUGGCCAACAGAGACAGGUGUCGCGUCGCCCAGCUAGCCCUCUACGACGGGCCAUUUGCUGACUUGGGGGAUGGCGGCUGCUAUGGGGAUUUGUUCUGUAAAGCGUUGAAGACGUACAACAUGCUGUGUUUCGGAAUCUACAGAUUAAGAGACGCUCACAUCAGUACACCGACCCAGUGCACAAAACGAUAUGUGAUCACAAACCCCCCAUACGAGUUUGAGCUGGUGCCCACAGACCUGAUCUUCUGCCUCAUGCAGUUCGACCACAACGCUGGCCAGUCCCGGACAAGCUUAUCCCACUCUUCCCACUCCUCCCAUUCCUCCAGCAAAAAGAGCUCCUCCGUGCACUCCAUCCCCCCCUCCAACCGGCAGAACCGCAGCAGCAAGACCCGGGAGGCCCGCGACAAACAGAAUGCAACAAGGAUGAAUAGAAUGGGCCAAGAAAAGAAAUGGUUUACAGAUGAACCAGAAAAUGCCUACCCACGGAACAUUCAGAUCAAGCCCAUGAGCACUCACAUGGCCAACCAAGUCAACCAAUACAAAUCCACUAGUAGUCUGAUUCCACCAAUCAGAGAAGUCGAAGAUGAAUGCUGAACACCAGGUUUCCUUGCUGACUCACUAGACAUCUAUGCGCUCUUUCAAAAGAGACGGGAAGAGAUCACCAGUGGAGGAGUGUUGAUGAUAUCGACAGUGAUGCUGAAGACUGACACAUUUCUCUUCACUCAUUCUUCUAAUCAAGGGUUGGACAGGAACCCAGACUGGAAGGGACCUCCUAUGUGUAUACCUUUAAUGUUACUUCCAUGCUCUUGGACAUUGUUUUAUUUAUUAAUGUAUCCAUAGAGAUGUACAUAAUGACAAUCAAAUAAGGAUUGUACAGCCCCUUUCCCCCUAGCACUUUUUGGAAUUAUUUUAAGAGUUGACAAAAAAAAGAGUACUUCCUGUAAUUCUUUGCAAUAGUUCACCUCUUCAUGUGACCAGACUCCAUGGCUAAGGUGACUGGUUAUUGGAGGAUGAGGGUUGCAGCGAUAAACUGAUCAUAUCAUCUCCCAAAGAUUCACCCAGAAGUGUCGCAUCAAACCAGCUGGGUUCAUCGGCGUCAUAUCUCCUGUCUGCUUCUGUUCUAUUUGCACUAAAACUGAACAAGUUUCUUUUGACAGAACAACUGGAAACAUCAGACCCCCACCCCAAUAAAAUGUCUCUGAGGAGAUGAUGGAGAGAAGUGAGGAAGAAAGGAAGGAGGGAAGAAAGGGCUGCUUGGCUUUGGAGGCAUACUAAUCUUGUUCUUGGUUUGUUCUACAUCACGUCAUUGCUUAAGGUUUGCUGUUUCACCUUGACUCAUGUUGAGUGAGAGCAUUCCAGGUCUGCAGAACAAAAUCAUCUUGCAAAACAAUAAUCUCGGAACUCAGAGAAUGGUGCAGUGUUGGUGUAUGCUGGCUGAAAGAGAACCCUGUACCUACAUGUAUUCUGCUGAUACAUCAGAAAACAAAAGGCUGUGACUCCGUUUCAAGCUCGCAUGAUAUGUGCCUGAGCCCCCUUCAUAACAGACACAGUGUGGUUAAUUUGCCUGAAUACAUGAGAAGGAUGAAAAAAGCAACCUGCCCCGUCCUUCAUGCAUUCAGGGGUGUUUAUGUACACGCUCUGUGUAUGUGUGUGUGUGUGUGUGUGUGUGUGUGUGUGUGUGUGUGUGUGUGUGUGUGUGUGUGUGUGUGUGUGUGUGUGUGUGCGCGCAUCGCAGCCACUUGUCCUUCUGGUGUUGCGCUCAUCAGUGCCGUCACCCACCCCUCUAUUGGUUUGUAUGUGAUGGUGCACCUUUGGAGGAACAGCAUGUGGGAUUUUAGCUCUAAAAAAAAUUAAGUCAUGGUAGAAACAAACACUAGGAUUGUCUACAGGAUUUGGAUCUACUAACAAAGACAUUAAGUUGCAUCCAAAAUCCCCAACUAUGAUUGAGCGGACCUAACACAAGCAGCAGCAGCAGCAGCAGCGUGCCCACUCUAAACGCAUUGCCGUGAUAUCCACGGCAGAAUUGGGAUCACAAAGAAGAGUGGUGUAUUUUAUUUUAUUUUUUUCAUGUCAUGUCUGUUACAUAAAAGUUCAUGUUUGAGGAAAGAAAUGCCACAUAUUGCAUAAAAGUGGGCAUAAAUGGGUCCUCCUUUGAUCAGAGCAACUGCCUGGCACAGGGUUGGCACAGAGGCAGUAAAGAGCUUGGAUGUUCUCUGUUGCCAAUCCAGAUGUCACAUGCCUCAAAACUCUCAGGAGUUAAACUGCUGUGUUCAGUCUACUAACAUGAGGAAAUGCUCGAGCAUAGUUGGUGGAAAUGCAACAAUGCCAUAGACUGCUCAUAAGGACAUUAUAGCAACGUGUGUUCUUCACUCUAGCCUGUGUGCAGGCUCAUUUUGCACGUUAAGGUCACUCGUAGAUCCAAAUCCAGGUGUGACAAGAAUGGAGGAUUGACCCGGUAGCCUUGUACUCCUAAUAGUAAACUUCAUACAAAUAUGUAGUUGGAUUUAAACAUUAUAAUUUUAUAUCCACAGACAUAAUCAAUUUGUACUUAUUUUUCUAGUCAAGAAUUAAGUGAAAAGUAAUCUAGGAGACAAAGGCUCAAUUAAAAUCUUUAGUUACAAUUACAUAUCAAAGGAUUUUAUGUUUGACUAUAUCACUAUUUGUUUCACAUUGUAUUGAAACAAAGGAUUAUUUUUUUAUCCCCCUUGGCCCCUCUUUAACAAACUGCAUCACUCUGGAGCUAAUAAAGCUUAGACUAGCUUGCAUUUUGAAACCACCAUCUUCAGCCUGGCAGCUCGGCUCUGUUGAGUGCUUGUAGAAAUAAUUUUAGGCUCAUCUGAAGCCUCCUUUAGUUGCACAGGUACAGUGUCUACUAAAUAGUGUGUCUACUACUAAGCAUCCCUAGCUGAGAACAUGCAUAUGAAAUGAUAGACGUAAAAUAAUUCUGUAUUGGGAGGUAAAUGUAUUUAAUUUGAGAGCAAAUUAGAGUGGUAAAAAUAAUGAGAAUAAUAUAUAGUUGCUCCCACUGUGUGCAGGCCAGAAGUGAAUGACCUUCAUUAGACAUGUUUGACCUAAAUUAGGUCCCUAGUGUGGAGGAAGAGUGUGUACACGACAGCACAGUGUGCUGGUGUUUUCCACAAAGUAUGAUUUCAAACACAUGACAGGGAGACGCUGUCUGUUUAUUGCAGAUAUCCUCUUCUAUAGGUUGUAAAGGAAAAGUCAUUCUAAAAAUAGAAGCCAAUUUUGGAACAUGAAAAAGAUUAUAUUGUGCUAAAUAUGUUUGUGUAAACUCAACCCAUUAUAUAGACCAUUUCUUUCUCAAACAAAAUGAUCUGAGCUUCAAUGUCCGUCUGUUGGGUGUGGUGCAACUAUACUGAAGCCUCAUACACAUUGUCCUGAAGUGAACUUUUGAACUGUGAUUACAUCGUUGUCACACAUUGUAGCAAAUAGAUUUCUUUUCAGAAAAUAUGUGAGUAAAAUGUAUGUAUAAUUGGGUUGUUAAUGGCAUACUUGCUAGCCUGGACAAUAAGGAAUUAUUAAUAUUUGAUAAUGGCAAUGACUCAUUAUACAUAGAAUCGACAAACUGAUUGUUAUGUUUAAAAAAAAAAAAAGACAAACAUGUAUCUGGAAAAUGAAAGAUCUUGGAUUCUUGUAGGAAUGCAGAGACUAUUCAAGUACUGUAUGUGACACAAGGAAAAGUUAGGCGGAAUUUGAUCUGGUUUAACAGCCAUUACUAAGAUGUAAGGUAGCACCAAUUCAGCAAUUGUUAUCAAAAGAGAGAGCAUCCUUAGUUUUCCUGUUUUUAUUACUUUGUGUUAUUACAGGGUUUACAUUCCAUUUUGUCAGCUUGUCAUUAUCUGUCACAAACUGUCACCACUGCUUCUUAUUUGUUUACAGAGUAUUUUCGAGGUACUUAAACACAGCACUGCACAGAAAUAACACGGUACAUGCUGCAAACUGGCAUUAACAUGAACUCACAAAGUAAUGCACCAUUUAUUUUCAUUAUACUUGAUUACUGUGCUUUUUCUACCUGAACCGUCAUUGUGCAAAUCAUUCAGGCUGGCAUUAUUCACAACACUGGAUUGAGAUGUCUCUCCUUCCUACACCUUUUCAAAUGUCUCUAUUAGAUGUUUUUAGGUCUUUGCAUUGUAUACCUCUAAAGUUUUUAGAGUGUUUUUGAAGUGCCAUGAAUUGUUUAGUUGAGCAAAGCAUCCUUCAGUCAUUCAGGGACACAGGCUCGCUUUGAGGGAGUCGAGUCCGGGCGUUUUGUGUUUGUUUUUUUUUUACACUUUGAGAUCAGUGUCUCAUACUGACAUGGAGAACAUCCAAGCCAUCAGUGCCUCCAUGCCAGUAUGGUGCCAGGCAGUGCAGAAGGUCAAGAGGAGGGCCCAUGUAAAGUCCCACUAAAGCGAAAAGUGGCAUUCAGGAAGCCUGAGGGGCUGCUGGGGCAGACGGACACAAGCCCCAGAGUACGACCCACACAUAUCGUCUCUGCUGUGCGCUUGGUUACAGGUUAUCAGGUUGUGUCAUGUAGUGUAGUGAGAUAUGGAUGACUGAACGAUGCACGUAGAGGCCCACGCCUGUAACAUCAGAUGUGUCGUUUUCCACUGAACAAAUCAAAGAGUAUGAUGCGUCACAUGUUACUGUUAAAGUAUGUAUUAUUAUUAUUUUUGUUAAUCUAUUUUUUGCUGUAAAGGAUGGAUAUAAUAACUUAUUUGCUGGGAAUUGUACUAGAUAUAUAAGAAUAUAAAAUACUUAUGGGGGAUGGGAGGUGGGUCUCAAGUCUUAAUAAUACAUUAAAAUUGCAUUCAGCAAUUUUUUUUAAAGAAAAGUUGCGAAUAUUUUUUGUUUGUUUUUUUGGCUGCCUAUCAGUUCAGGAAGAAUUCAAGCUAUUGCUGUUGCGUAUCACAGAUAUGAUUUGAUGGCACAUCAUCAUUGCAGCAAACAGGAGUUUGACAUAGCAGUCUAAUUAGUUUGGAUGUGUUCUAGAUAUGAUGGAUAAAUGGAUUAUUUGAUGGUGCUGAGUUGAUCUACCUGACUCUGUCAAAUAUAAUCUGCUGAUAAAUAUACUGUCUUGUACAAAAAGUUUGUACAUAGAUUGUACAUGGUUUCUUUUUGUAUUUUCUCAAAUUAAAAUGGAUGUAUUUGUGUUCUAAA